GUAAGGGAGACAUUCAGUUUACAUACCUUUUUCGUUGAUCUGUGCUGGAACACUUUAGUAAAAUCGUGUCGUGGAUCCACAAUUUUAGUGUACUUGUGGAAUAUAAUCAAUAAAAUUGUAAAUAAAAAUUAAUUAGUUCAUCUUUCAUCAUUAUGGUGGUUCUGGAGGGUGACGCCGGUGAUGCGAAAACAGCACCUACUGAAGAAAUUGAAAAGGAUGGCGUUAAAUCUCCAAAGCUCCUGACGUUAGAAAUAUUCCGUAUAACGAAGGACAGUCAGCAACAGCAUGGCCUGCGACACGCGGACUAUCAACGGUACCGCGGCUACUGCUCGCGCCGCCUCCGGAGGCUGCGCAAAGUGCUCAAGAUCCCGCAGGGUGACAGAAGGCAUUAUCGUCGUCGUGACGUCACAACGACCCAUCUAACAGGAACCAAUGCGGAGAACCGCCUGCUUUAUAUACCGCUCCUGCAAGCGGAGAGAGCAUGGGCGCACGCCAUGCAGCUGCGCCAGGAAGCGAACACCGAACCCAGGAAGAAAUUCCAUCUUGUAUCGCGUUUGAAGAAAGCUUACUCUCACGCACAAAUGCUGUUGCAACUCUGUGAGAGCGGCGCGUGCGACGCUCGCACGCAGCUGGAGGCGGGCGCGUACGCGGCGUGGCUCGGCGGCGCGCUGCUGCUCGAGCUGGCGCAGUGGCGCGCCGCCGCCGACAGCCUGCAGCGCGCCCGCCUCGUGCUCGACAACCUGUGCCACGCGCUGCCUGACGACGAGCGACAGGUCUACAAGCAGAAGCUAGAAGAGUUGAAGCCGAGUCUCCGUUACUGCGCUUACAACAUCGGCGACGAGUCCGCGGCCGGAGACCUGGUCGCCAUGCGCGGACAGGGACUCAUCGAGAACUUGGACUCGCUUAUGGCACAGGCUAAGGAAUCGCGUUCGGGAGUAAUGCAUGAAGUAGAAUGGCGCGGACGUCGCGUUACCGUCAGACCAGAGAAGGUUCGUCUGUUCCUCAUCGCGCUGCAGGACUUGGACAAGUCUGUGGCCAACGCGGAGACUAUUCAGGCCAAAAUCGACAUCUUAGAGAACAUCCUCAUGGACUGCAAGGAUGCCAUAUCGGCAAUCAAAGACGAGAUCAAGAACGAUCCCAAGUUAAAAACUGCGUCUGAGAGUCAAAUGUCCAGCAUCAAUUACUUGCUGUCAUACUUGAUGUACUUGCGCCUGGUGCGUACUGUGGAGAGGAACAACUUGCUGGUGCAACAAGCGGAGGAGGCGCGCGCGAACAACACGCCCAUUGAUGGCAAGAAGGUGCGGCCUCACGACCUCACGCGCCUCUACGAGAUCAUUCUGCAGAACUUCACCGAGCUGCAGCAGCUGCCCGGCUUCGAGAACGAUGCGGCUUAUCAGAAUGAGAUCGAGAUUCAGAUGAAGGCGUACCGCGCGUUCAGAUGCUACUACAUCGCUCAGGUACUGACCGGCUUGAGGCGCUUCAGGGAGGCCCUAGCGAUGCUAGAAAGGUGCAGCCUCUACACCGCCGACUCGCUUAACAUCAAGCUUGAUGAUAUCCGACUUGUGGACAAACUGAAGACCCUGAAGCAGAAUAUAGAGAGCUGCAAGUUUGAAGUCCACGCCGAUUCUGUUUUGGAGGAUGAUGAGGACGACGAAGAGAGUAAGUACUCCAGCGGUAAAGCGUACAAAGACAAGAAGCCUCUUGUGGACCGUCUCGACGAGUACCGCGAGGACACUCAGGUGCUCACCAAGAACCCUAAUAUAUACAAAAUACCUCCCCCAAUGGAGGCCAUUCCUUGCAAACCAUUGUUCUUCGACUUGGCGUGUAAUUUCGUCGAGUUUCCGAACCUGGACGACAAGACUGGUGCCGCUGACAAUAAGAAGCAAGGCGCUGGUAUCACCGGCCUCGUCAAAGGCUUCCUUGGUUGGGGCAAGAGUGAUAAAUAGUAUCAUUUUGUUCAUUGGUUGGAAAUUGCUUAGGGUUCGCAAUAAAAGUUUUGGAUUUUAUGA